AUGGAUCCCAAACAAACUACUGCCUCCAGUAGUGGUGGUGGUUUCUUUGCUUCUAUUGCUUCAAGUUUGUCCAAUUUAGGCUCUGCCAUGUCCAAAUCUGUUAAUGGUCCUACUGGUAUUGAGAUUGAGGGAUUGGAAGUUGUUAAUCCAGAAGGAGGAACGGAAGAUGCUGAAGAGGAAGCUAAAAAGGGAAGAUGGAAAGAGGAGGAACGGGAUAGUUAUUGGAAAAUGAUGCAAAAGUAUGUUGGCUCUGAUAUCACAUCGAUGGUGACACUUCCAGUUAUCAUUUUUGAGCCAAUGACGAUGAUACAAAAAAUGGCGGAGCUUAUGGAGUACUCUUACCUAUUAGAUAUGGCGGAUGAGACUGAUGAUCCAUACAUGAGACUUGUGUAUGCCUCAUCGUUCUUUAUAUCUGUAUACUAUGCCUAUCAACGAACAUGGAAGCCAUUCAAUCCAAUUCUUGGUGAGACUUAUGAAAUGGCUAACCAUGGUGGCAUGUCAUUUAUAGCAGAGCAGGUCAGUCAUCAUCCUCCAAUGAGUGCCGGACACGCCGAAAAUGAACAUUUCACUUAUGAUGUUACAUCAAAACUGAAAACUAAAUUUCUUGGCAACUCGGUUGAUGUAUAUCCUGUUGGAAGAACACGUGUUACUCUCAAAAGAGAUGGUGUGACCCUUGAUUUGGUGCCUCCACCUACAAAAGUUAGCAACUUGAUUUUUGGACGAACUUGGAUUGAUUCACCAGGGGAGAUGGUCCUGACAAAUCUGACUACAGGGGAUAAAGCCGUGCUGUAUUUUCAACCAUGUGGCUGGUUCGGGGCUGGUCGAUAUGAAGUGGAUGGGUAUGUGUAUAAUGUUACUGAAGAACCUAAGAUUCUAAUAACUGGAAAAUGGAAUGAUUCUUUGAGUUAUCAAGUUUGUGACCCGGAAGGAGAACCACUUCCAGGAACUGAGUUGAAAGAGGUUUGGAAAGUUGCCGAGGUUCCUAAAAAGGACAAAUUCCAAUACACCUAUUUUGCACACAAGCUUAACAGCUUUGACACUGCUCCCAAGAAGUUGUUGGCGUCCGAUUCUCGCCUUCGUCCUGAUAGGUUGGCCCUUGAGAAAGGUGACCUAUCCGUGUCCGGCCAUGAAAAGAGCAGUUUGGAGGAGAGGCAAAGAGCCGAGAAGAGAAACCGAGAGGCGAAGAACCAGAAGUUUGUUCCUAGAUGGUUUGAUCUAACAGAAGAAGUAACACCUACACCUUGGGGUGAAUUGGAAGUUUAUCAAUACAAUGGUAAAUAUUUGGAACAUCGCGCCGCAAUAGAUAGUUCUGAUUACAUUGAGGAGCCUGAAAGUAGACCAGAAUUCAAUCCUUGGCAGUUUGAUAAUUUGGAGGCUGAAUAA